AUGGCGUCAUCUUCUCGACAGCUCGUCCACCCUGCAGUGUCACCAGCAAAUCCCACCACGGCACCCGUCCCACUUGCAAGUGUCGCCAGCCGUGGUGCCCCGGAUGCUACUGGGCUACUGUUCUAUUCACCACCGGCCGCUGUGCACCUUGAUCCCCAGUACCUGGCCGAGUCUCUCGCAGAAAUCCUCAGCGCCUACCCUCAACUGGCUGGCCGUCUGCGGCUGGCGCGGCCGGACGACCAUGGACGGCCAUACACGAAGCGAUACCACCGCACAUGGAUGGAUUACGGACAUCCAGAUGAUCCAGGUAUGACUCUUGAAUUUGAGGAACGCGCCAUGCCGAUGAGUGCCGCCCUACCUCCCCCGGUCGCCGAGCACCCAGGUGUCGUGGACGCUUCAGUCCUCAACGACUUCACACUCGCGCCAGAUCUGCAGCGCGGCAGGGAUGGCGACGAGAUGUCAUUAGCUGGUGUCAAGGUUACACGCUUCUCGUGCGGCGGUGCCGCUCUGUGUGUUUCUGCUUCACACAUUCUCUUCGAUGCUGGUGCGCUCGGCACUUUCCUUACCGACUGGGCUGCAAUCCACACGGCCAUUGCGCGUGGAGAAACGCCGCUCAUCCCUCACCGCCCCUACGAUUUCCAGGCCUGCGACGUGAAUGCAGCUGGCGAUCUUGACACCAAAGACGAGGAUCCAGCCCUUGUAAAGCUCGAGUCCUCGCUUGACGUGUUCCGGUAUGAUGCGUGGGCCCGUGACCCGACUGGAUUGUGCAACCCCCCGCCAUCGCAGGCAGUUGGGCCCCCAUCCGAAGUCGACACGCUGGAUGCCGAGAGGGGUCGACGACGGGGAACGUUGCCACCGUGGCACACCUUGUCUGAUGCUCCCACAAGGACAUACGGCCUGGACUUUACAUCAGAAGAUGUGCAACGUAUCGCUGCUCGGGCCAAGCGAGAAACUGCAGAACACAUCAGCGCUCAGGACGCGUUUGCCGCUCACAUUUGGCGCCUCGUCGCCCGUGCGAGAGGCCAAACUGGCGACAUUGUUCUCGACUUUUCAAUGGCAUGUGAUGCUCGUCGGCGCUUCACAAACCCUCUGCCAAGCACAGCCCCCGGGUGCUUUAACGUCUGCUUGGGCAUGCAGGCCCAUGCGGAUGAAGUCGUCGGCCCCAACGGUGCAGGAUGGGCAGCGGCACGUAUCCGUCGUGCCAUCGAGACGACAAAGCCAGACAUCUUGGCUGCAUGGCUCCACCUCCGUGCCCAUGAUUUAGACCCGUCGCGCAACUGCAUCGUGUUCCCUGGCACAACAUCAGUGUGCACGACCAACUGGUCGCGAUCCGCACUCCAUGAUGCCGACUUUGGUGGAGGUCCGCCUCUUUUGGUGCACAACUUGGUCAUGGCAUUUGGAGGCUACGCGACGAUUACGCGUGUUCCAGGCGUCACCGGUGGUCGCUGGUACGAUCCAGGUGUGCGUGCAACCCUCUGGCUCCAGGUGGACGCCAUGGACAGGCUCCUAGCGGAUCCCGAUUUCCGUGGCGCCAGGCCAUGA